AUGAUAUUCACGGGCGGGGGGGCGCGACGACGCACCUCGCCCGCGCCGCGCAUGCGCUCUCCCGCUUACCAGCGAUUGUAUGCUGAAAAUAUAAAUUACAAAAAGUGUUUAAUAUUUUCAUUUAAUAAAAUAGCACGUUUUUCGUUUCAGUGGUUGCCGGGUGCAGGCGUCGCGGGGGCCGAGGUGCGUCGCUCCCGCGGCAAACGAAUCACGCAGCGGCGCGGGGCCAUCAAGCACCAUAAAAUUCAUGAAGUAAAUGGACAUCGAUUUGCAGCGAAGUUUUUCCGUCAACCAACAUUUUGUGCAUUCUGCAAGGAAUUUCUGUGGGGCUUUGGUAAACAAGGGUAUCGCUGCAUCGUGUGUCAGACAGCUGUCCAUAAGAGAUGUCACAAUAAGUUGCUGGGCAAAUGUCCCGGCUCUACUGCUUAUUCAGAAGCUACGGUGUAUCUGAGAGAGCGGUUUAAGGUGGAUGUUCCUCAUCGGUUCCGUCCACACCAGUUCAUGUCACCAACUUUCUGUGAUCAUUGCGGUGCUCUGUUAUGUGGAUUUUUUAAGCAGGGACUUAAAUGUGAAGGUACAUUGAUAUAG